AUGGCGGAGCGAGGCCUGGAGCCGUCGCCGGCCGCCGUGGCGGCCUUGCCAGCCGAGGUGCGGGCGCAGCUGGCCGAGCUGGAGCUGGAGCUCUCGGAGGGAGAUAUUACCCAGAAAGGAUAUGAGAAGAAAAGGUCAAAACUUCUGUCUCCUUACAUCCCACAGAUACAAGGGAUUGAUUCCACAGUUCAAAAGGAACACAAAAACCAGACAGCUCCAUCAGCAGCACCAACCUCAACCUCUUCCAAGUACCACCGAGGUCGAUCUGGGGGAGCUAGAGAUGAGAGAUAUCGAUCAGAUAUUCAUACAGAAGCUGUGCAAGCAGCAUUGGCCAAGCAUAAAGAACAGAAAAUGGCUCUACCCAUGCCAACUAAAAGACGAUCCACGUUUGUCCAGUCUCCUGCGGAUGCCUGCACACCUCCAGACACAUCUUCUGCCUCUGAGGAUGAGGGCUCUCUGAGACGACAAGCGGCUCUCUCUGCUGCCUUGCAACAGAGCUUACAGAAUGCUGAGUCCUGGAUCAACCGUUCAAUUCAGGGAUCAUCCACUUCUUCAUCAGCAUCUUCCACACUGUCCCAUGGAGAGGUCAAAGGAACCACUGUGUCACUAGCUGAUGUAUUUGCCAGUACUCGAAUAGAGAAUUUCUCUGCCCCCCCUGAUGUCACCGCAACUACCUCCUCUUCUUCAUCUUCCUCCUCGAUUCGCCCAGCAAAUAUUGACCUGCCCCCCUCGGGGAUAGUUAAAGGCAUGCACAAAGGGUCUAACCGUUCCAGCCUUAUGGAUACAGCCGAUGGUGUUCCUGUCAAUAGCAGAGUCUCUACAAAAAUUCAGCAACUUCUGAAUACUCUGAAACGACCCAAAAGACCUCCCUUAAAGGAAUAUUUUGUAGAUGAUUCUGAAGAAAUUGUAGAAGUACCUCAGCCGGACCCAAACCAGCCCAAACCAGAAGGACGUCAGAUGACUCCUGUGAAGGGAGAGCCAUUAGGAGUCAUCUGUAACUGGCCCCCUGCUUUAGAAUCAGCACUGCAACGGUGGGGGACCACUCAAGCCAAAUGCCCUUGUCUGACUGCACUUGAUGUUACAGGGAAGCCAGUUUAUACUCUAACAUAUGGAAAAUUAUGGAGCAGAAGCCUCAAGUUGGCCUACACACUGCUUAAUAAACUGGGGACAAAAAAUGAACCAGUAUUAAAACCUGGAGAUAGGGUGGCCCUGGUCUACCCCAACAAUGACCCUGUCAUGUUCAUGGUGGCAUUUUAUGGAUGUCUUCUAGCAGAGGUGAUCCCUGUACCUAUAGAAGUGCCACUUACUAGAAAGGAUGCUGGAGGACAGCAGAUUGGCUUCUUGCUGGGAAGUUGUGGUGUUACCUUGGCUCUCACCAGUGAGGUUUGUCUGAAGGGGCUUCCAAAAACUCAGAAUGGAGAAAUUGUACAGUUUAAAGGUUGGCCUCGACUCAAGUGGGUGGUAACGGAUUCAAAGUACCUUUCCAAAUCGCCUAAAGACUGGCAGCCACACAUCUCACCUGCUGGCAUAGAACCCGCCUACAUAGAGUACAAGACAAGCAAGGAAGGGAGUGUCAUGGGAGUCACAGUGUCCCGGCUUGCCAUGCUGUCUCACUGCCAAGCCCUGUCCCAGGCCUGCAACUAUUCUGAAGGGGAAACCAUAGUCAAUGUGUUAGACAUCAAAAAGGAUGCAGGGCUAUGGCAUGGCAUAUUUGCGAAUGUUAUGAAUAAGAUGCAUACAGUUAGUGUUCCCUACUCAGUGAUGAAGACUUGUCCCCUGUCUUGGGUCCAGCGAGUACAUACUCACAAAGCUAAAGUGGCUUUAGUAAAAUGUCGAGAUUUACACUGGGCAAUGAUGGCACAUCGGGACCAAAGAGAUGUGAGUUUGAGUUCUCUCCGCAUGCUAAUCGUAACUGACGGAGCUAAUCCUUGGUCUGUUUCGUCCUGUGAUGCUUUCCUGAGUCUGUUUCAGAGCCAUGGUCUAAAACCUGAAGCCAUCUGUCCUUGUGCCACAUCUCCUGAAGCUAUGACUGUAGCAAUUCGCAGACCUGGAGUUCCAGGGGCCCCUUUGCCAGGACGAGCUAUUCUCUCAAUGAAUGGCUUAAGUUAUGGGGUAAUCCGUGUCAAUACUGAAGAUAAAAAUUCAGCUCUUACAGUACAGGAUGUGGGGCAUGUAAUGCCUGGAGGGAUGAUGUGCAUUGUGAAACCAGAUGGACCCCCCCACCUCUGCAAAACAGAUGAAAUUGGAGAAAUCUGUGUCAGCUCCAGAACAGGAGGCAUGAUGUACUUUGGACUUGCUGGUGUGACCAAAAACACAUUUGAGGUGAUUCCAACUAAUGCUGCAGGAUCUCCUAUUGGAGAAGUGCCCUUUGUCCGAUCAGGAUUGCUUGGAUUUGUUGGGCCAGGUAGUCUCGUAUUCGUGGUUGGAAAAAUGGAUGGGUUGCAGAUAGUUAGUGGCCGAAGACAUAAUGCUGAUGACAUUGUUGCAACUGGAUUGGCAGUUGAAUCAAUAAAGACCGUCUAUAGGGGCAGGAUCGCUGUGUUCUCUGUAUCUGUGUUUUAUGAUGAGCGCAUUGUAGUGGUGGCAGAGCAGCGGCCUGAUGCUUCUGAGGAAGAUAGCUUCCAGUGGAUGAGCCGAGUACUACAGGCAAUUGACAGUAUUCAUCAAGUUGGGGUAUACUGUCUUGCUCUAGUUCCAGCCAAUACUUUGCCAAAAACUCCACUUGGAGGAAUCCAUAUAUCUCAGACAAAGCAGCACUUUCUGGAGGGGUCGCUGCAUCCUUGUAAUAUUCUUAUGUGUCCACAUACGUGUGUCACCAAUUUGCCAAAACCCCGGCAAAAACAACCAGUUGUAGGUCCUGCCUCUGUGAUGGUUGGGAACCUUGUUGCUGGAAAACGAAUUGCACAAGCUGCAGGGAGAGACCUUGGGCAAAUUGAAGAGAAUGAUUUGGUGAGAAAGCACCAGUUUCUGGCAGAGGUAUUACAGUGGAGAGCUCAAGCCACUCCUGACCAUGUACUCUUCCUCCUGCUCAAUGCCAAGGGAACCACUGUAUGUACAGCCAGCUGCCUUCAGCUUCACAAGAAAGCAGAGAGAAUUGCAGGAAUUCUUUAUGAUAAGGGACACCUAAAUGCAGGGGACAACGUAGUGCUUCUUUAUCCACCUGGCAUUGAGUUAAUUGCUGCGUUCUAUGGCUGUCUAUAUGCUGGGUGCAUUCCUGUGACAGUUCGACCUCCUCAUGCUCAGAACCUUACUGCCACCCUACCCACUGUCCGCAUGAUUGUUGAUGUCAGUAAAGCAGCCUGCAUUCUCACAACUCAGACCCUGAUGAGGUUGCUGAAGUCUAGAGAGGCAGCAGCAGCUGUAGAUGUGAAAACAUGGCCAACCAUCAUUGACACAGAUGAUUUGCCCAGGAAGCGGUUACCUCAGCUGUAUAAACCUCCCACCCCGGAGAUGCUGGCAUACCUCGAUUUUAGUGUUUCCACAACUGGCAUGCUCACAGGAGUGAAGAUGUCCCACUCUGCUGUAAAUGCUCUUUGUAGGGCCAUCAAACUCCAAUGUGAGCUGUACUCCUCUCGGCAGAUAGCCAUCUGUCUUGACCCCUACUGUGGACUUGGCUUUGCACUCUGGUGCCUCUGCAGUGUAUAUUCAGGUCACCAGUCUGUUUUAAUUCCUCCCAUGGAGCUAGAAAACAACCUUUUCCUUUGGCUUUCUACUGUAAACCAAUACAAAAUAAGGGACACUUUCUGUUCCUAUUCAGUAAUGGAGCUGUGCACCAAAGGGCUUGGAAAUCAAGUGGAAGUCUUAAAAGCAAGAGGCAUAAAUCUGUCCUGUGUCCGGACCUGUGUGGUUGUUGCUGAGGAGCGGCCUCGUGUCAGCCUCCAGCAUUCCUUCUCCAAGCUUUUCAAAGAUAUUGGCCUCUCUCCACGGGCCGUCAGUACAACAUUUGGAUCAAGAGUCAACGUGGCAAUCUGUUUACAGGGAACCUCAGGACCUGAUCCAACUACUGUGUAUGUAGAUCUGAAAUCCUUGAGACAUGACAGGGUUCGUCUUGUGGAACGGGGAGCUCCCCAGAGUCUACUUCUUUCAGAAUCUGGAAAGAUCCUGCCUGGGGUCAAAGUGGUCAUUGUUAAUCCAGAAACCAAAGGGCCUGUUGGAGAUUCUCAUCUUGGAGAGGUUUGGGUGAACAGCCCUCACACAGCCAGUGGCUACUACACUAUCUAUGAUAAUGAAACUCUCCAGGCUGACCAUUUCAACACUCGGCUUAGUUUUGGGGAUGCUGCUCAGACACUCUGGGCUAGGACGGGAUACCUUGGGUUUGUUCGCCGAACUGAGCUUACAGCUGCCACUGGAGAGCGUCAUGAUGCAUUAUAUGUAGUAGGAGCCCUGGAUGAAACUCUAGAGCUGAGAGGAUUACGUUACCACCCAACUGAUAUAGAGACCUCAGUCUCACGGACACAUAGGAGCAUUGCUGAAUGUGCUGUGUUCACAUGGACCAACUUGCUUGUGGUGGUUGUGGAACUGUGUGGCUGUGAGCAAGAGGCCCUGGAUCUGGUCCCUUUGGUGACUAACGUGGUCUUGGAAGAACAUUACCUCAUUGUUGGAGUUGUAGUUGUGGUGGACCCGGGUGUCAUCCCGAUCAAUUCCAGAGGAGAGAAGCAGCGGAUGCACCUCCGGGACAGCUUUCUGGCAGAUCAGUUAGAUCCUAUCUAUGUGGCUUAUAACAUGUAAUUGUGCAUUAUGGGCAUGUGACCAGUUCCUCAGAACCAUGAAAGCCAAAGGCCUGAGGCUGGGUCACUGUUGCCAUCUUUUAAAAAAAAAAAAAAAGCUAAAAA